CUGAGUGGGAGUCAUUAUCUGGGCCUUAGUAGGCGAGGCUAGUGCUACUGCAGUGUUUCCCUGGAGGGCAUGCAGGAGCUGGUCAACCUUACAGGGAAGAACCUCCCUCGUAGUGAUAGAAACACAACCGAUACCAGAACAAAAAUCCUUGAGUGCAAAGACAAAAACCGCGACUAAUUUUGCCGAGCAGCAAUCAGGAAACGGCAGUUAGAACUGGCUGUGGGUGUGCGAUCAUAGGCUCUUCGCCUUAGCUUAGGUUCUCUAGAGAAGGCCAAACUCAUCUAUGAAGACCAAAGUGAGGCACACCUUGACGUCUAGCGUCAUGGCGUCACCCGGAGGUGGGGGACGAAGCCCCUCUUCCACAACACUAAGAGCCGCAGCCAUCUUGAUUCUUCUCGCCAUCUUCCCUUCGUCAGUAAAGAGUGCGUGUAUAGAUCACUUUGUCAUUUCUUCCGAAGCAACACUCAAUGGUAUGGGUACAAACCUCAUAUUAUCGAUGAAUGUGGACGAGGAGGCAGGAGUGAACACUGAACUCUACACCUUGAGUUGGGACGAAACUAUCACUUAUGAAGAUCCUGUUAACACAGAGUUCAAUCAAUAUUUUACAGUUGAUAGUUCAGGACCAUCAUCUCUGACGACCACAGUCAAGACAUCUUUACAUGGAGUCCCCGACUACCCCAACAAUAUAAUCUUGAUAGAGGGCAUUGUGACUUUCAGCCAGUUCUCUAACGGCGACACGUGUUCGAUCCAAAUGUCGCACACCAUCAUAGACGAGAACACAGAGACCCCUGCCACGGACCAGAGCACUUACGCCCUCAACUUACGCGAGGACUACCCUGUUAAUCUUCCUAUUUACACCUUAACUGUGAGUGUGCGUGAUGACGACGGUUCGAGCCCAAACAACCUCUUCACUGUGGCUGUGGAGGGGUGCCCGCUCCGCGCCACGCUGGACCAAUAUGGCGGGGCCAGCGGCUCUCCUCAGCCAGUCCAGUUCCUCCUCACCUCUAAGCUGGACUUCGAGACCCAGGAGACCUAUACCUGCUCCGUCACUGCUACGGAUCAGGGCGUCCCACCCAGGACAUCAACAGCCUCAACAAUCACCCUGACUGUAGAAGAUGAGCCGGACGAGCCCCCAAAGUUCACUUACGACUACUACUACACCCAGGUCAUCUCCUCUCAGUCCUCAGUCACGCCCUUGGAGAUGGAGCCUGGUGACAUUCUAGCACAGGACGGUGACACAACCAUCAACUCUCCCAUCACAUACACCAUGCGGGAUGCCAGGUCUGAUGUUCCUGGGACAAAUUACUUCACCAUCAACGCGGACACGGCUGAUGUCACCAUCACUACGGACCUGGACGACACUAUCCUCACCUUCAUGUCAGUCACCUUCAUUAUCACCGGUACAGACACAUCCGGCACCUCCAGUUCCGUUACGUUGAGGGUUGACCUGCCGCCAGUGUCCACCACCACCGUCUCCACCACAGACGUGACCUGUCCGGCGUGCACCUGUCCGGCCAUGACCACACAAGGCACGUGUAACCCCUGUCCCACCACCAGUGACCCCUAUGAGACAACCACUCCAUGCCCCACUGAAGCAACUACCACAACCUGCCCUUUGUGCCCCACAGACGCAAUAAUUACUCCAUGCCCCACAGAAGUACCAGCCACAACAUGCCCACUGUGCCCCACAGAAGUACCAGCCACCACGUGCCCAGUGUGCCCCACAGACGCAAUAAUUACUCCAUGCCCCACAGAAGUACCAGCCACAACAUGCCCACUGUGCCCCACUGAAGCAACUACCACAACGUGCCCAGUAUGCCCCACAGAAGCAAUAAUAACUCCAUGCCCCACAGAAGUACCAGCCACAACCUGCCCAGUGUGCCCCACAGACGCAAUAAUUACUCCAUGCCCCACUGAAGCAAGUACCACAACGUGCCCACUGUGCCCCACAGAUGAGACCACGACGUCUACUCUAAACACAUGUCCACCAGUCACCUGCCCGUCCUAUACUACCACGACCGAGGACUCCAGCCAACAAGCGCCGAGGUUCACGAAAGAUGCGUACUCCGGGGAAACCUUUCCGGAAUCCAAGAAUGUUUUUCAAGUCAGCGUAUAUGAGGACGGGAGCGGCGGAACCGAAUUCUCUUGGGAGAGUGGAGACGAUGAUUACUUCGCCAUAAACCCAACAAGCGGAUGGAUCACCACCAAAAAGGAUUACACACCACCCAGGAUCUAUGAGCUUGUCGCUGUGGCUUCCUCCAUCAGCGAACCUCAACUCAAGGAUCGGGCUCAGGUGACGAUCAAGGUGGUGUCAACCUCGGCCCAGAACGCCACUAUAACCAACAGUCUUGUGACGGCGCACGUGAGGGAGGACAACGCUCAGAUGGAGAUUGUGGCUGUUAUCAACACCGAGGGCUAUACUGAGGCCAUGUGUAUUAUAGAGGCCCAGCCUCAACAACAGAAAGAUAAAUUCCAGCUGGACCUGGAGAACGGGACCUGGGUGCUGAAGAAGAUCGCGGCCCUCGACUUCGAAGAGACACAUCAGAUUACACUCAAAAUUGAGGCUUAUGAUGUGAAGAUCAACAACUGCAGCGAGAUCAGUAACUCCAAUGGAGACAACUUACUCAGGAGUCAGGGUCAAGUAGUUAUCACAGUGGACGACGCUAACGACAUGCAACCGCAGUUCGUGGUGCCAGGAGCCCCAAACGCCACCGUCGCCUACCCGGUGGAUCAGGCCCUUCAGAGCGUAGUGGGCCCCGUCAUCACUCUUGCCGCCACGGACGAGGACACGGUGGGGACCGUGACCUACGGGCUGGCAAACAGUAAUCCCAGUGGAACCUUUCGGGUGGAAAACGACACAGGAGCCGUCUAUGUUGAGAAGGAGUUCCUGUGCAACACGGAGUGCACUCUCGUCGUCACAGCCUCAGAUGGAGUGACUCAACUUCAAGAAGCCAGCAUCAAGGUGUUGCCGCUGGACAUGAACAACAUCUUCACCCUGGUGCUGGAGGAGGACGUGUCACAAGUGGACCAGUUCCUGAACAACAUCUCACACCAAGCUGGCGUGCAGGUCUCUAAACUCUACGUCAGCCCCAUCCUGGAAGGAGCCACCACCAGUGCCAGAGCCGGGGUGCAGAGCCUCUACUGGACAACCAGGGCUCUGGAGCCCAGCACUCUCCACGUUCACGUCUACAGCAUUGAUAAGAACAACCAUAUUAUGAAUCUCGAUGAGCUUAAUAAGUAAGUACCAUUACUCUUGC